ACAUGCAUCGUCGAACUUUGACCCACGCUCCCUCUGCCCUCCUCUGCCAAGGGCACGGGUACAAAUAGGAUCGCCAUGAAGAUGACGAAACCAUAAGCAAUUCGGAGGUCGUCGCUCGACGCUCUCUGACGAUCCACCUAGUGCACGAACCAUGUCCGCGUCACCUGAGGCGAUCCCAUUCGCCCCUCUUUUCAUCGACGGACAGGCCCGCCCUGCAAGCGGCGACGUCAAGUACGAAGUCCACAAUCCCUACUCUAGAGACCUCGUCUCGUACGCGGCCAGCGCCUCUAGCCAGGACUGCAAGGAUGCCGUCAACGCCGCAGUCCGUGCUUUCCCUACAUGGGAGAAAUCGACUCUGUCUCAGAGACGCGACUUCUUCAUGAGGGCUGCUGUGCUCCUCGAAACAGAGAAGUACCGCGCGAAGGUGGAGGAGGCGAUCAAGGCCGAGAUCGCCGCGACGGACUUCAUCGUGGACUUGAAUAUGAAGAUGUCCGCAGAGAUGCUGCGUACAAUCGCUACUCUAGUUGUGGAGCUCAAAGGGGAGACGUUCGCGUCGCACAUACCCGGAGGCCAAGUGCUCGUCCAGCGAAGGGCGCAAGGCGUCGUGUUCUCCAUUGCACCAUGGAAUUCCCCACUCAUACUGACGAUACGCGCGGCGGGAUACCCCAUCGUUUGCGGCAAUACGGUCGUCUUGAAGACCUCUGAAGUCAGCCCGCGCAUUCAAUUUGUGAUCGCUGAGUUGUUCCACGAGGCUGGCUUGCCGAAUGGUGUCCUGAACUUCAUCCACACAUCCCGCGAAUCAGCCCCAGCAAGAACUGCUGAGAUCAUCGCACAUCCAGCGGUGCGCAAGAUCAACUUCACAGGGAGCGACAGAGUCGGGAAAAUCAUUGGGUCCGAAGCUGGGAAGUACCUGAAGCCAUGUGUCCUUGAGCUCGGCGGGAAAGCCCCCGCAGUUGUUCUGAACGAUGCAGACGUGCCUCGGGCAGCGCGUGCCAUCACGUCAUCAGCGCUCGUCCAUUCCGGCCAGAUAUGCAUGUCGACAGAGCGUGUCAUUGUCCAGCGCGGCGUGGCGGACGUCCUCAAGGCGGCACUCGUGACGGAGUUCAGCAGGUUCAAGUCUGGCGGACCAGGAGAGCGUCUUUCUGCCCAGUUCCGAGACGACUCCGCAGAGGAUAUCCAGAGUAUGAUGCGUGAGGCUAGGGAGGAUGGUGCGGAGUUCUUAUUUGGCGAUGGGAGCAGAGAGGGAACGGUCGUUCAGCCGCACAUUGUCACCGGCGUGAAGCCCGGGAUGCGACUGUGGGAGCGGGAAAGCUUCGGGCCCCUGACCGUAGUUGUGGAGGUGGAUACGGUUGACGAGGCCGUCGAGCUCGCCAACGCAACGCAAUACUCUCUUGUGGGGAGCGUGUGGACAAGAGAUCUGAACCUGGCUUUGGAUGUAUCAGGUCGUAUCCGCGCGGGGUGCGUCAACGUGAAUGGUCCGACCAUACACGUCGAAGACACCAGAGAGCAUGGUGGCCUAAGUGGGGCGUCUGGAUAUGGGAAGUUCACUGUAGAUGCGUUUACAGACUCUCGGCUGGUGGUGAUCCACCCUGCAAAUCCGCCUCCAUACCCGCUCGUUGACUUCAACUGAGCGUCCUUACCUGGUAGAGUUACUGGCUCCAUCAGGCCUACAACAAGCCUAGUACUAUUCGUCCUCGUCGCAUUUCGAAUUAAUUCACUGACCACUGAGUGCAACGGCGAGAUAACAUUGCGACUGCGUAGAUCACAUUAAUCGGCUGCAUCCUUCCGACUGUGUGCAACCCAAGCGCGGUGUGUAUACCAUGCUCCAGAGAGGCAAAGUGAUUUCUUGGAAUCGAAAAGGCAUUUAUUUUGAACUUCGCAACGACGCUUCAGGCUUGAACGAUCACGUGGCUGUCACGUUGUCACCUGUGACUCGUACCUGCCACGGCCAGUAACCUGGCUCAUGA